CAAUUGACUAAUAAAUUUGAUCAUGGUUGGUUGGGAUCCGCACAGAAGCUCUCAAUGGAUUCAUAAUCAUAAACACUAGGGUUUCCCACCUCCGUGCAUCACCGUCAAUACAUACAUAUAUACACAAUUAUUGAUGCUGCUUCACCUUGAUCUGUAAUAAAGCCUUGAUUUUUAUGUCACAGGCCACAUUUGCUUCUUUUUUUUUUUCAUUUCUAAUUUGAAUUUGAAUCAGACGAUUGGACCUCCGAUUGUCGGAUUGUGGGAAUUGUGAUUUCUAUACAGUAAUUUGGAUAGAGAAUUUGCUUUUUCAUUAGGAAGGUAGAGUUUUUUUGUGUUGAGAUUAGGUCGAAGAAUGGACAAGAAGAAGGUGGUAGCUCCAUUGAUCUGCCAUGGGCAUUCUCGGCCCGUUGUCGACCUGUUCUACAGCCCGAUAACGCCGGAUGGUUUCUUCCUUGUUAGUUCCAGCAAGGAUUCCUCACCGAUGUUGAGAAAUGGAGAAACUGGAGACUGGAUUGGAACCUUUCUAGGACAUAAAGGUGCAGUGUGGAGUUGCUGCCUGGACAAACAUGGUUUGCGUGUAGCAACUGCAUCAGCGGAUUUUUCUGCGAAGUUGUGGGAUGCACUAACUGGAGAUGUUUUGCAUUCGUUUGAGCACAAGCACAUUGUUCGUGCUUGUUCCUUCUCAGAGGAUACUCACUUGCUGCUAACUGGAGGGAUGGAAAAAGUUCUUCGUAUAUUUGAUUUGAAUAGUCCGGAUGCACCACCCAGGGAACUUGAAAAUUCUCCUGGUUCAGUUAGAACGCUUGCUUGGCUCCAUAGCGAUCAGACAAUCUUAGGCUCUUGCACGGACAUGGGUGGGGUGAGGUUAUGGGAUGUGAGAACUGGAACGAUUGUUCGAACACUUGAGACAAAGUCUUCUACAACCAGCGUUGAAGUGAGUCAAGAUGGCCGCUAUAUAACAACUGCUGAUGGAUCGACCAUUAAGUUCUGGGAUGCAAAUCACUUCGGUCUGGUCAAGAGCUACGACAUGCCCUGUGUAAUGGAGUCAGCCUCGUUGGAGCCGAAGCUUGGCAACAAGUUCAUUGCAGGUGGAGAAGACAUGUGGGUCCAUUUAUUCGACUUUCACACUGGAGAAGAAAUCGGGUGUAACAAGGGGCACCAUGGUCCGGUGCAUUGUGUUCGUUUCUCACCUGGAGGUGAAUCAUACGCCUCUGGAUCUGAAGAUGGGACUGUUAGAAUAUGGCAGACCGGUCCGUUUGAUCAUGCUGAGCCGGAGAGUUCAGCUGCCAACGGACCUUCUCAGGGCGUGAAGGCUGUCGUGAACGAGGUUACACGACAGAUGGAGAAGGCGCUUAUUGUCGAUGACAAGAACAAGAAACAACAACUGCCAACUGAGGGGAAGGCAACGGAGGCCGGUUAGUGUUUAUAGUUUUACCUGGUGUUACAUUGUCUAAAUGUUUGAGGGAUUCUUCUUUUUUGAAUAAGAAUGAGCUUCUAUCA